AGUAAACACUUUAUAUUAUUAGGUUCAUCCAGCAGAAGUUAGAACGUGCCACCCCACAAGAAAAGCAGCUUGUAUUUAAUGAAAUAAUCGGAGCAGCUUAUCAGUUGAUGACUGAUGUAUUUGGAAACUAUGUGAUACAGAAGUUCUUUGAGUUUGGUUCCCUGGAGCAUAAACUUGCACUUGCAAACUGCAUUCAUGGUCAUGUCCUUCCUCUUGCUUUGCAAAUGUAUGGAUGCCGUGUAAUACAAAAGGCAUUGGAAUGUAUACCACAAGAACAACAGGUGGAAAUAGUGAAGGAGUUAGACGGACACUUGCUCAAAUGUGUGAAAGAUCAGAAUGGUAAUCAUGUUGUACAGAAAUGCAUUGAAUGUGUUCCUCCUGCCCAACUACAGUUUAUAGUAGAUGGUUUCAAAGGCCAGGUAAGAUUGUAAUGUACUAUAUUAGCAUGUU